AUGUGGAACGACGAGGACAACAACCCCUACGGGGCCUUUGACCAGUCCCCUCUCGAUGCCCACGAUGCCACUCCUCCCUCCAGCCGAGACUCCGAUCUCGACCCACCGGACUACCUCUCCCGUGCAGACGAUCUCAGCGACCCAGAAGCCGAGGAGGACGUGGCCGAUUAUGCCGCCGCCAGCCAACAAUACCCCCGGAAGAGCGUCUACGACAGUCGUGUCGAGCAGAUCCUCUAUGAGAACCCCGAGGCGCCCAUUCUCAUCACAGAUGCAGGCAAAAAUCAUGAAGGGGGCGGGGGCUAUAUCGACCUCGAAGUUCGUCGCCGUUAUUCCGAAUUCGCGUCACUGCGGCAAACUCUCGUCAAUCUCCAUCCCACUUUAAUCGUUCCGCCAAUUCCGGAAAAGCAUAGCAUGGCCGACUACGCUGCCAAACCCACCAAGGCCAAGGAAGAUACCGCAAUCAUCGAGCUCCGGAAACGCAUGCUGGCCGUGUUCUUGAACCGGUGUCGUCGUAUGAAAGAGAUCCGCGAAGACGGGGUUUGGUGGAGGUUCCUCGACCCAAACGGUGAGGUGCUACUCGCUCAUCCCGCGUCUUCGGUCCCUAAGAACAAUCUCAAGGCGCCCCCUCUUGAUCCCGCUCAUCCGACGGCGGCCCACGGCUGGCUGCCAAUACCAUCUGCCUCUGCAAAGCUUAAGGCAACUGGUGGAGCGACCACGACUCCUGCAUCUCCUACCUCACCUUCUGAAUCGACUGAUGGACCUCCACCAGCUAUACCUGGCCCCGAAGUUCUAGGCCGCUUCCCGCCCGAAUCACGAAAGCUUAGCGAACUGGAGCUGGAUCCAUACUUUAUCAACUUUGAGGCCUCCACCCGGGAACUGGAGCUGCUAUUGCAGGGCAACAUUGAGAAAGUCAACCGUCGAACAUUAUCGCACCUAUCCUCGCUGUCUGCUGAUCUCAUGGAGCUUGGCGCACGCUACAAUGGGUUCUCUUUGUCAGAGCAAUCACCGACAGUGGCCGCGGCAGUGGAGCGCAUCGGUCAGGCUGCGGAUACUUCCUACAUUGAAACCGAAGAACUAUCAUCGGCUCUGAGCGCAAGCUUCUCCGAGCCCAUGCGCGAGAGUGCGCAAUUUGCCAGCGUGGUGCGCGGUGUUCUGCGAUACCGGGUACUCAAGCGAGUCCAACAAGAGAUGACUCGUGACGAGUUGGAGAAGAAGAAAACCCUUCUUGACUCCCUCGAGCGAAGUGAGCUGGAAGCCAAACGCAUCGAGCAAUAUCUCAACCGCAGCACUCCCACCGGAGGUCCUAAGCCUCAGCGCUCGCUUUCCACGUCGUCCACCGUGAGCAGUGAAACCGGAAGCGCAGCUGAAGCUUCGGGCGAAUCGGAAUUCCCACCCACCCAUGGCGAGUCGAUCAGCCCCCCGCCCAUGUCGCCAGGAGCCGGGCACGGGCGGUCCGACUCGUCACCGUCCGCCUCCCCGGCGCACCGCAAAUCGUCCAGCGGGACCUUCGUCGCGAACAAGAUCUUUGGGCGUAUCAGUCACGCGAUCCAUGGGUUCGCGGACGUGGACCCCGAACGAACCCGUCGGGACCAGAUCGGGAAGACCAAGGAAAGUCUCAUCCAGGUAUGUGGAGCCUCAAAACGUGUGUCAGAUGGUUUCGCGAUGCUGACCUGUCUCUAG